AUGGCUGAAAUAGCAUCUAAAACCCAAUUAUACUCUUCCGAAUCUAAAUUGGAUGUUGCCUCAGGUUACUUCUAUGAUUCUUCUCAGCUAGUUGUGGCAGGUCAUCAUCAUGCUUAUCCCUAUUCAGCUUCUGAUGAUGAAAUACCCACCGUUGAUUACUCUCUGCUCUUCUCUGAUAACCCUGAUCAGCGAUUCCUUGCCCUUGAAUUCCUGCGCCAAGCAUGCCACGAAUUUGGCUUCUUCUAUUUGGUAAACCAUACCAUCCCAGAUAGUGUAUUUGAUGGUGUUUUGAAGGGGAUUUCUGAUUUCUUUGAUCCAACAACGCGGGAUGAGAGAAGGAUUUACAGCAAAAAGGGCCCAUCAGAUAAAAUCCGUUGGGGAUUUAACUCCUCAGAUAUUGAAAAUAGGGAAUAUCUCAAGGUUAUUACACACCCCCAAUACCAUGUUCUCUCUGACUCAUCAGGUUUCAGCAAAAUUUUGGAAGAAUAUUGCAAAGAAAUGAGAACCAUAGUAAUUGGAUUAGCAAGGGCAGUGUCAAUAACCUUAGGGCUUGAAGAAAACUACAUAGAGAAGGCCUUCAACUUGAAAUCAGGGUUUGAUUCAACGGCCAUGAUCAUUUAUCCACCAAAUUCUAGAUCCAAAGGAGCUGUUGGUCUUCCUGAACACACUGACCCUGGCUUUGUAAUUACACUUGUUCAAGAUAUAAAUGGUGGUCUCCAAAUCCUAUCCCACAAAGGAAAGUGGAUUAAUGCUCAUAUUCCCCAUCAUGCCAUACUCAUUCAACUUGGUGAUCAUCUUGAGAUCUUAACCAAUGGGAAGUAUAAGAGUCAUGUCCAUCGAGUUAUUGUUAACAACAAUAAGUUGCAAAGGAUCUCCUUGGUCACCCUUCAUGGACCUUCAUUGGACAAGUUCAUCAGCCCGGGCAUAGAUUUUGUUGAUGAAGAACAACCACAAAAAUAUUGUGGGAUGACCUAUAAAGAUUCAUUGGAAGCAACUGGGGGCGAUGAGAUCGAUGGGCAAUCAUCACUUGAGCAACUUAAACUUGUGUCAAGUUUUAAUAAAGUAAUAUAG